UAAUUUUUAGCAAUGUUUUUUUUUGGGGGGGGGUUGAUUUGGUACCAGUAAGUUUAAAAAUGACUGAGGCAGUUAUGUUAUUAAACAAUUCAAAUCUUGGAACACAUUUUAAAUGGCAUGAUUUUCUUGUCAAAAACGCCAUUGUAAUACACUGACUCCUCUACUAUGUAGCAAGACUAUGCUCCAAUUGUACAUUAUGGGUAAAAUCAACCCCCCCCCCCCACCCUCCUCAAAAAAGUGAUGUUCCAAAUAAAAAGACAGAAACAUAUGUACUGUACUUGUUGUGAAUACAUAAAUAAUCAAUUCUAUCGUUCUCACAAUGUAGCAUCAUGCUUUUUAAACAGCUGAAACAAAGUCACAGACAUUUUGACCUCAUCAUAAUACAUUAGUAUUCCCCCAAAAAUUUGCAAACAAAAAGGUUUGGAUCUUUGUUUAACUAUACAUUUAAUAGCAUUUGUAUUAUUCAACUGUCCUUUUGAAUCUGUGUCUGCAUAACAAUAACCAGAGUGUGAUAUUUUUCCUGUUGAGCCACUUAUUUCAAAGUGCGCGUACAUCAUAAAGGACUCAAAGCUGUCCAGCAGGAUACAAUUUAGCCAAUUGCAAUCGCGUAUUUCAAGUUUGAUCCUUUCACCGCUGCCUUCGACUGAGUCCUGUGAGAUGGCGCCUACAAAGUAUUUAGAAUAAUCUUGAUCAAACGGCUCAUUUCCGCCCCCAUUUAUGACUGCCUACUUCCCUUUUUUUGCCUCAUGUUCCCAUCUCCAUUUUUUGAGGUUUAUUCACAUAAUCUUCACAUUGUUGCUAAAUUUGGCCUUGGAACUUCACUCGCUGUUUUAUUUCAUCAGCCAUAACUCUCCCUUGGACGAGCCAAGUGUCACUUUUUUUUUUGGUUUGCCGGCCCCUCUUCCACACCCCUCCCAAUAAAUACACACACACACACACGCACACACAUAUAUAUCCAUCUCAGGAAAUGGCGGAUCCUGUAAUGUCCCCUUACUCCUCCUCCAGUCUUCUCCCCCCUUUCAGAGUGAUGUAGGGUCACAAGAAUGGGGAAAACACCUUCCAAGGAGAAAAACACACAUGCACGUUUACACUACGGAGAGUGGCACACGCGUUGCAUUGGGCCACGCUGGAUUCAAGUUUUACCAAAGUCAAGGUCAUCAGCGAAGCCCAACAGAGCUCAUCAGCUGACCUAACAUGGGAUGAACUGCUGACUUCGGAGCCUCAAGCUGUGCCCCAAGUGUAUCCUGAGUGCGAGCGUCGCCACAUCCCCCGACCUCUAACCCCGGUGGGGGGGUGGACAUCAUGCGCUGUACCACGGUCCUGGCCCUCUUAUUUGGUGUGGUGCUGUACCUGGGCAUGGGAGCGCUGGUCUUCCAGAACCUGGAGGCAUCCGAGGAGUACGACAAGUUCCAGGAGCUGCUCGCCGCCAAGAACAACUUCCUGAACAAUCACUUCUGCGUGAGCGAACCAGAAUUCUCCGAGCUGGUGAAGGGAGUUGCAUCUGCGGUGGAAGCGGGCCUGGAGGUGGACAGCCUGUCCACCAACUUCACCACACGCUGGGACGUGGCCUCCGCCUUCUUUUUCUGCGGCGCCAUCAUCACCACCAUAGGCACGCUGAACCCUUUCAGGGACAACACUUACUACAGUGGACAGCUCAUAAAGGGUUUCGGGAACCUAUCUCCUCGCACGUGGUACGGCCAACUGUUCUGCGUGUGCUACGCCCUGGUGGGCAUUCCCAUGUUCGGCAUCUUGCUGGCCGGAGUUGGCGACCACAUGGGCACCGUGCUGCGCAGGGCCGUAGCCAAGAUUGAGACCCUUUUUCUGAAGCGUCAAGUGCGUCCCACCACGGUGCGCGUGAUCUCUGCCGUGCUGUCCAUCCUCAUCGGCUGCCUCAUCUUCCUGGCCGUGCCCACGGUUUUCUUUCAGAAGUCAGAGGGCUGGUCCUUCCUGGAGUCACUCUACUUUGUGGUCAUCACGCUCACCACGGUGGGCUUUGGAGACUACGUGCCGGAUGGUAGUCAGGCCGGCGGGCUGUUCUUCAAACCUCUCGUGUGGUUGUGGAUCGUGUUCGGUCUGGCCUACUUUGCCUCCAUCCUCACCAUGAUUGGCAACUGGCUGCGUGUGCUCUCCAAGAGGACCCGCGCUGAGAUGGAGGAGCUGCGCGCUCACGCCACCGACUGGACGCAGAACAUGUCCAAGGACUUCCGCAUCCCCAACCCUCUGGAGUUCAACGACCCGUUCCUCCUGCAGCGCCGGCGCUGGAAGCGUAGCGAGCGCCGCCGCAUCCGACGCGGAGCCCAGGUCACGCUGGGCUACUGGGCCCGGGGGGGCCCAGAGAACGGACACCUCCCCGGCCACUGGGCCGGGCUGUCCAGCUCGAUGAGUCGGCUGGAGGGGCGCGGAUCCUCCCUGGAAAGGACUAUGAGGACCAAGCCGAUGGGGAGGCUUCCCGUUGGCGGCGGCACAAUGCCGAGGGCAAAGCCGCCCGAGCUGUCCGUGGCUUUGCGUCAACAGAUGGCGCAUCACUCCUUACCUCACCUGCUCACGCGUUCCUUCUCCCUUCCCGCGGCUCCGUCCGCCUCCGAGCUGGACUCCCCUGAAGCCGCCGUACUCGAUGGUUCCCCCUCAGGUUCGGACUUCGACUCCAGAUCCGACAUCUCCUCAUCGUCUUCAUCCUUCUCAGAUCUUCGGAAGCUCCGGGCUCACCGCACGGUUGAAGCGGAAGGAGACAAAAUGAACCCCGAGGAGGAGGCGAGAUGUGGUGAAAACAAAGCCUCGCCUGAUCUGAGUUCCCUUCCCCCUUCACCUUCCCUUCCUCCCUACUCCACGGGCCUUCUGGACUUCUUCGGCGAGAACCUGGCGUACAUCGACGAGUCGUCGGACGCGUUGAGUGAGCGUGCCGACGAGAAGAGGCGGCGACCGCACAAACCCAAGCGGAAGAGCGUGAAGAACGUGAGGAGGUUGUCGAAGCACGAGUGGAGCUCGAAGCAGGCGAGGAGGCCCGGCGAGGACUUGCAGCCACCGUCCAAUCCACCCACGCCGCCUCCGGACUCGCUGUUGUCGUCGUCGCUGACUUACAGGGAUUCUCCGCAGACGCUUUGACGUCUACUCCUCUUAUCCCUUUUCUGAAGAAACGGUUUGUUUACAACGACUCGCCAGCGACUUGAGAGCAUUCUCGGUCAUCCAGGUUAUGGUAAUCUGUGAAGGUUGAAUGGAAGCAAGACUCUUCUUGAUUGUUAAAGACGUUUCACCUUUUAUCCAAAAGGCUUAUUCAGUUCUAUGUUUUGCCCAAAUUUCCCUCAAAUAAUGCACAAUCUUUUUGCAAACAAAAAAAAAAAUCCCAAGUCUUUGGUCUGAUGAAUGCC